CUUUUGGGUUUUUUGGAUUUAUUAGGGUCAACAGAAUUUCAAUCCAUAUUUCUGCACCACAAUUAUAAUUUGUUAUGUUCACCAUAGAAAAAUGCAGAACCUUCAAUGGAUGAAGACAUGAACACAAUUUUUUUUCAAGUUUAAUUUAAUGAUAAUAUUAUUUAAUUAAGUGCAGUGACUCACUCCUCUUCUCUGCAGUCAUGGCUCUUCUCACUUUCCCUCACUUUUGUUCCCAUUUUCCAUCACGUUCUUCCUUCCCAAACAUCCCUUCUUUCUCUCCAACUCGACGCUACUGUUCGAUCAAGGAAACCGGAACGGCGAUUCUGUGGUUCAAACACGAUCUCCGAACCGAUGACCACCCCGCGCUUCUCGCUGCCUCCACAUUUACCUCACUUCUUCCUAUAUAUGUCUUCGAUCGCCGCUUUCUUUCGCGUUUCUCCGAUGAGACGCUGGAACUGCUUCUGCUUGCACUGCAAGAUUUGAGGAAGUCGCUGAAGGAUCGCGGUUCCGAUUUGAUGAUCAGAUUCGGCAAUGCGGACAGCGUCAUACAGCAGCUUGCAACGGAGGUCAAAGCCACUUGUGUGUUCGCGGAACAAGAGGUGGAGUAUGAGCUACGCCUCAUCAUAGACGUGGUAAAACAGCGUUUGAAGUCCGUCAGUGUUCCGCAAGGGAGUCCUAGGAUUGAAUUAUGGCAAACUCCGUUUUAUGAAGUGAAGGAUUUGCAAAAGCUUCCAGCGUCGUAUGAUGAGUUUAAGAAACUUCGACUUCCUGUGACUACACCACUUCAACUGUCAGUGUCAACGUUACCUGGUGUAGAGAUAGAACUGGACUGGGGUGUUCUCCCUUCGUAUGAUGAUAUAAAUGGAUUUAUGACCAGCAGCCAACGUAAAUCAGGAGAGAAUUGGAGGCUAAUCAAGGAAACCUCAGCUGAAACCGUUUUACGCAGAAAAGCAUUGGAGUCUGGCGAUAGAAUUGAAAGAAGUUCUAGCUUUGGGCAAACACAAUCAAGGGAGCGUAGUGGAUCUGUUUUUGUGACAAAAGAAGGAAAUGCCGUAGGAGGUGGAACAAACAAUGUACUGAAUGCACUAGCUGCAUAUCUAAGAUAUUUGGAAGGAACAGCUCGUGAUGACUGGCAAGAGGUGCAUGAAAAAGUGCGUGCUUCUGAAAGUCGGGAUGGAGCAUCAUUUAUUGGUCUAUUCGGUCCUGCCCUGUCUCUUGGCAUUAUUUCUAGAAGAAGAGUAUAUUACGAAGCUAUCAAAUAUGAGCAAGAAAGAAAUGCAGGUUUCUUAUCACCCUUUGGUUAUUCAGCUGCCACGAUUGCAGCAGCAGUUGAUGCUGUGUGCUCAAUGGAGUGGUAUUGGCUUAUGGCUUUGAGAAAUCAGACAAACAAUGACGGAGUAUACUCAACAAGGAUAUGGAAAUGGAAAGGAUUUCUUAUCGAGUAUACAGUUGCUGGUGAGGAUGGUCCUGCCGUUCUUCUUGUGCAUGGUUUUGGUGCCUUUUGGGAGCAUUACCGUGACAACAUAAAUGGUUUAGCUGAAUCUGGAAAUCGAGUUUGGGCAAUUACUAUUUUAGGAUUUGGCAAAUCAGAAAAGCCAAAUGUUGUAUACACUGAACUCUUGUGGGCUGAACUAUUGAGAGAUUUUAUUGUUGAUGUUGUGGGUGAACCAGUUCACAUUGUUGGCAACUCAAUUGGCGGUUAUCUUGUUGCUAUCGUUGCUGGUAUUUGGAGUGAUUUGAUCAAAUCCCUUGUUCUGAUCAACAGUGCGGGCAAUGUCAUCCCAAGUUAUUCAUUCAUACCACUGUCUAGAGUUCAGGACAGACAAACUUCGGGGGCUUCCUGGUUGGGGUCUCGCAUUCUUCUGUUCUACUUGAGGCUAAGAACUCAGGAGUUACUUAAGAAAUGUUAUCCAACUAGGGUUGAAAGAGCAGAUGAUCGGCUCAUAAAUGAAAUGCUAAGAGCAUCAUAUGAUCCUGGUGUGCUUGUGGUGUUGGAAAGCAUCUUUAGCUUUAAUCUUUCGAUACCUGUAAACUUUCUUCUUGAAGAUGUCAAGGAAAAGGUCCUAAUCAUACAGGGAAUGAAAGAUCCGAUUUCUGAUUCCAACUCCAAGGUGGCUAUGCUUAAAGAACACUGUGAUGGAGUUAUAAUUAAGGAGUUAGAAGCUGGUCAUUGUCCGCACGAUGAGGUACCAGAACGAGUGAAUAGUAUCAUUUGUGAGUGGAUAAUCGGUGUAGAAAGUAAAAUUUUGGUAGAAUGUCCGGUGUAAUAUUGAUUGAUAUCAAGGAACUGCCAACUGCAUACAAGCAUGCCAUCCUGGUAAUUCUCCUGCGCAUAUUAAUACACCAGUAUUGCCUUGUU